AUGGAGCUGCGGGUCCUGUGGGCAUCCUGCACAGCUCUGAUGCUGUCCUUGCUGUGCUGUGCACUCGCGCAGCUCCGCUACAGUGUCCCGGAGGAGUUGGACCACGGCGCCUUCGUGGGGAACGUGGCCGAAGACCUCGGGCUGGACCCUAACGAGCUCUUCUUGCGCAAGUUUCGGCUCGUUUCUGGCGCCAGGAGGCGCUAUUUGGAGGUGAAUCUGGAGAACGGGGUGCUGUUCGUGAACGAGCGCAUCGACCGCGAACAGCUGUGCGAGCAGAACCCCUCGUGCUUCCUCCACCUGCAGGCGGUGCUGGAGAAUCCGCUCGAGCUGCACCGCGUGGAGGUGGAGGUGCUGGACGUGAACGACAAUGCGCCAAGCUUUCCGCGCGCCGGCUUCAGCCUGGAAAUCUCCGAGUCCGCCGCGCCGGGCUCGCGCUUCCCGCUCGAGAGCGCGCAGGACGCGGACGUGGGCGAGAACGCGCUGCGCUCGUACCUGCUGAGCGUGAACGCGCACUUCGCCCUGGACGUGCGCGCAGGUAAGUUCGCCGAGCUCGUGCUGCAGAGGCCGCUGGACAGGGAGCAGCAGGGCGCGCACCACAUGGUGAUCACCGCCGUGGACGGGGGCUCGCCCGAGCGCUCUGGGAGCGCGCACCUGAACGUCACGGUGGUGGACGCGAAUGACAACGCGCCCGCGUUUGAGCGCGAGUCGUACCGCGCGAAAGUGGUGGAGAACGCGCCCCGAGGCACCGUGGUCAUCCGGCUUAACGCCACGGAUCCGGAUGAAGGCCCUAACGGAGAGGUCACGUACUCCUUCAGUGGGCACGCGCCUGCCAAGGUACGCGAGCUUUUUUCUGUGGACCCAAGGACGGGAGAGGUCAGAGUGAAGGGGGUCGUGGACUACGAGAAGGCCACUGUGCACGAGAUCUACGUGCAAGCCAAGGAUAAAGGACCCAAUGCGGUUGCGGUGCACUGCAAGGUGUUGCUAGCUGUUGUAGACGUCAACGACAACCGCCCUGAGGUCAUUCUCACCUCCACAUCUGCCCCAGUCCAGGAGGAUGCACUGCCUGGGACGGUCAUUGCGGUCAUCAGCGUGAUGGACCAGGAUGCUGGAGAAAAUGGCCAUGUAGACUGCGAGAUCCCCCAUCAUGUACCAUUUCAGCUGCAUUCCUCCUUCAAGAACUACUACACUUUGGUCACCUCUGACUUUCUGGACAGGGAGAAGGUGCCUGAAUAUAACAUCACCCUCACGGCCAGAGAUAUGGGCUCUCCACCACUCUUCACGAGGAAGACCAUCCUGGUCCAGGUGGCUGACGUUAACGACAAUGCACCUGUGUUCCGGCAACCAUCCUACACUGUCUACCUGGCAGAGAACAACCCUCCUGGGGCCUCGAUGUUCACCAUCUCUGCACAGGACGUGGAUGGAGGACAAAACUCCUACCUGACCUACUCUAUUCUGGAAAGUGAAAUUCAAGGGUCUCUGGCAUCUACAUACGUUUCCAUCAAUUCCGACAAUGGCAACAUCUACGCAAUGCGCUCCUUUGACCAUGAGCAGCUAAAAAGCUUCCAACUGGUGGUCCAAGCCAAGGAUUCUGGGUUUCCACCAUUGGUCACUAAUGCAACCUUGAAUGUGUUUGUGCUGGACCAAAACGACAAUGCCCCAGUGAUAGUAUCCCCUCUACCAGAGAAUGGCACGGACGCUGCAAGCGAAGUGAUCCCCAGAACUGCUGAUGCUGGCUACCUUGUGGCUAAGGUCACAGCCUUGGAUGCGGAUGAGGGUCAAAACGCACGGCUCCUCUACCAAAUGCUCCAAGCCACGGACCCCAGCCUGGUCAGCAUUGCCCUCUACACAGGGGAGGUCAGGAUGAUCCGCCGCUUGAGGGAUGGAGACCCCACCACUCAUAGGCUGCUCGUUUUGGUCAAGGACAGCGGGGAACCGUCCCUUUCGGCCACAGCCUCCAUCAUUUUGUCCGUUGUUGACAGCGAGCCUGAAGUCGGUGACCUCUUCCAGCACCCCAGGGACCGUGCGCUGUAUCUAAUAGUAUCUCUAGGUGCUGUUUCCUUCACGUUUCUGGUGGCUAUCAUCGUCCUGGCUGCAAUCAAGGGAUACAGGCACAGGCUUUCCAAAUAUGACAGCUCCUGCUGUGGCUUCAGCUCCAAGGCUUCCACCACUGAGGACAUCAAGUCCAAUUUAAACGUGCACGUAUCACCAACACCCAAUGGAGCUGCGGAUCCCAUGGAGGCAAACGGCAGCACUCAACUGGGUCAGACUUACUGCUAUAAAAUGUGUUUGACCCCAGAGUCGUCUAAAAGUGACUUCAUGUUCCUGAAGCCAUACAGCCCAGCAGCUUCAACUCUCCACAUUAAUAACAGCAAGGUCAUGGAAAACAACACAUCCAGCUGGAGUCCAGAGAUCCACCGGCUCAACAUGAACUACGCUGAUGCUUCUCCGAGAGAGAUCAAACAAGCAAACAAAGACUGGACACUGUUGAAGAACCAAAGAAAUUACUCACACAAAAGUUCUGCCACUGUGGUGAAGACCCUCCAGCGCAGGGUGAUUCUGGACCACUCAGACACGUGCACGUGCCCGGGUUCUACACACUACUGGACCUGGGGCAGCCACAUGUGGGAUUAUAAGACCUCCUCUGAGGCGGGUGGUCUCACAGAUCGCUGCUGGACUCCUCGUUUUGACUACCAGCACAACGUUUACAUCCCGGGCACUCCGGGCUUACUGAAACCGGCCGGUCACGGAGAGCUGGACAUCUACAACUCGUUCUCUACGUUUGGAAAGAAGAAAAAAAUAACGCCGAACCACGACCUGCACGAGGACACUGUCAUAACCAACGAGCUUUACAAAUGA